AUGGAAAUCGUGAUGGGUGGCGGCCUUCGCAACGCAACCGCCUACAUCACCGUGCAAGUGGUGAUGGAGGUGCUGCGUUAUGACUUCUUCCGGCGCUACGAGCAGCAGCACGCGCGCGACGUGGUCAUCAUGUGCCUGAACACGACGCGCCAGUUCCUGUUCUACACGUGGCCCUCCCUGGUGGCCAACCUGACCAUCAACAACACGGCUGUUGAGGCUAGCCGAAAGCUGUUCGACGAUAUCCUGGACGGGGUCGUCGACCACAUGAACCGCGCCCAUUGGCUCGAGCUGCCCUCCCGUCUUGAAGCCAUCAGGAAGGUGAGAAACGUGCGCCUGAUCACAAUCAACCCGAACAUCUCAGACGCGUCGGUGGCCCAGAGCCGCCAGAUGAACUACUCGAAGCUGAGCAGGCCGCCCGCGGACUUCGUCAACAGCUACAUCGAGGCGGCCCAACUUGACACGCAGAUGCGCAGGGAGGUUGGCAACGAAGAAUACGGCUUCUACGGCAAACUCCAGCUGGCGGGUGACGUAGCAUACCUGAAGCUGUGGACCCUUCGGAGUGGCGCCGAGCUGUUUCUGCCAACGUUGCUGUCAGGGCCACCGCUCUUCUAUCCGGAGGCUGGCGAGCCUUUCAACUACGGCACUCUCGGAGUGCUGGUAGCUAUGGCUCUGAGCGACGCCAUCGGCCACACGGGGGCGCGUCUGUCGGCAGCGGGCAUUGAGGAGCUCUGGUGGACGGACCAGACUCUGAAGAACUACAACGAGGCGACUCGCUGCUACGAGGAGCAAUACCGACACCUGAGCAACUCCACAGCCUCCUUCUUGGACGAGCAGAGGGACCAGGUGUUUCUCUGGACACGGGCGGCGCGUAUCGCAUUCGAUCGGUAA